CCAUCCUGCUCCCGUCAUUGAUGGUAAUAGCAGGCUUCGCCGGCGACGAAGAUGGGCCUCUGCACCUCUUCCAGCGCUGCCAGCCCCGCUGGCCCCGCGGGGAAUAAAGAGAAGGGGAGGAAGGGCAGCGGCGGGGGCAGGGGGGUCGUUGCGUGCGGGAAGCGGACGGACUUCGGCUACGACAAGGACUUCGAGGCGCGGUACGCACUCGGGAAGCUGCUGGGACACGGCCAAUUCGGCUACACCUUCGCUGCCGUCGACCGCCACUCCGAUGAGCGCGUUGCUGUCAAGCGCAUCGACAAGAACAAGAUGGUCCUUCCUGUUGCAGUUGAAGAUGUAAAGCGAGAAGUUAAAAUACUCAAGGCCUUACACGGGCAUGAAAACGUUGUACAUUUUUACAAUGCAUUCGAGGAUGAUAACUACAUAUAUAUUGUUAUGGAAUUAUGUGAGGGUGGUGAGUUGCUUGACCGCAUAUUAGCCAAAAAAGAUAGCCGUUAUAGCGAAAAAGAUGCUGCAGUAGUUGUACGACAGAUGCUCAAGGUUGCAGCUGAGUGCCAUUUGCAUGGUUUGGUUCACCGAGAUAUGAAACCUGAGAACUUCCUCUUCAAGUCAUCAAAGGAGGGCUCCCCCCUCAAGGCUACAGAUUUUGGCCUUUCAGACUUUAUAACACCAGGGAAGCAGUUUCGUGACAUUGUUGGAAGUGCCUACUAUGUAGCACCAGAAGUGCUUAAGCGCAAGUCAGGGCCGGAAUCGGAUGUUUGGAGUAUUGGUGUUAUUACAUAUAUUCUGUUGUGUGGAAGACGACCUUUCUGGGACAAAACUGAAGAUGGAAUCUUUAAAGAGGUGUUAAAAAACAAGCCAGACUUUCGUCGGAAGCCUUGGGCAAACAUUACUCCAAGUGCUAAAGAUUUUGUACAGAAGUUACUAGUUAAGGAUCCCCGUGCAAGACUAACUGCUGCUCAGGCAUUAUCACAUGAAUGGGUCAGAGAAGGAGGGCAGGCAUCUGAAAUACCCCUGGACAUAUCAGUAUUGCAUAAUAUGCGACAGUUUGUGAAAUACAGUCGUUUCAAACAGUUUGCUUUAAGGGCAUUAGCAUCUACAUUAAAUCCAGAAGAACUGUCUGAUCUUCGUGACCAGUUCAAUGCCAUUGAUAUUGACAAGAGUGGAACGAUUAGCCUGGAAGAACUGAAGCAGGCUCUUGCAAAGGAUGUUCCAUGGAGAUUAAAGGGUCCUCGUGUUCUUGAAAUUGUUGAGGCGAUUGACAGUAACACUGAUGGAUUUGUUGAUUUCGAAGAGUUUGUUGCUGCCACACUACAUGUGCAUCAGCUGGUGGAACAUGAUACUGAGAAGUGGAAAUCAUUUUCUCAGGCUGCAUUUGAUAAAUUCGAUGUUGACGGUGAUGGCUAUAUCACACCUAAUGAACUGAGGAUGAAUACAGGACUGAAGGGUUCUAUUGACCCCCUCCUAGAGGAGGCUGAUAUUGACAAAGAUGGCAAAAUAAGCCUUGAUGAAUUUCGCAGGCUCUUGAAAACUGCAAGCAUGAGUUCACGCAACCCAACUCCACGGAGUGUUUCGAAGUAAUAGUUUUCAUAGUUC